UGGUUUCUAUACUCACAGAGUUGUGCACCCUAAAAAUAUAUGCUACAAAUAGAAUGCAAUGACUGCCAUAAAAGAGGUUCAGCAUACCUCUUUGGCACUUUUGGGGAGGGAGAAAUGACUUUAAAGAGUCAAGGGAGGCUUUUUGGUGACAUUUGCCUUGGGCCUUGAAAAGAUGAAAGGUGUUUUUUUUUUUUUAAGAAGUGCCACAACCCAGAUAAUAGUCGCUUUGAGACUAUUUUUCUUUCAAAGAACCUAAAAAGAAAAUACGGAAUUGACUUUUGACUGACUAUGAUUUGGAAGAGUGAUACCGUCUGUCUUAAUUCUAAAAAAAUGGCAUAAUGAAAGCAGCAGCCAUCCUCUGUACACUUGUUUAUAAGCAUUUGUCUCCAUACUUCUGGAAGAGCCUGUCUCAGAAGGUAAGAGGCCCACCUACCCUUUGGCCUCCACUGAGACCAAAGAAAGAAGGACCAAUUAGGAGAGCCCUUUGUGUAGUGCUCAGUGUUGUUUAGUUUGACCUUCCCUUAGCUUAUUUCAUUAGCUCUAGGAGGUGAGUCCAAACAAACUCAGCAUUCCUUUGAAUUAGUAAUAAUGACAGCUUUCAGUUACUGAGUACCUACUGGGUGCUAGGCAUCCCUCCAGGAGGCUUACAUAUGUUAUCUGAUCUUAUCCUUAGAACCAUCCUGCAAGGUGGGUUUUCUUUUCCCCGUUUUACAGAUGAGGCUCAGAGAGAUGAACCAGCCUAAUGUCAUAAAGCUAGUGGUUCAGAGAACUCUUGCUUGCCCUUGACUGAACAUGCCUCUAGUUCACCAAGUCAAGCUAUAUAGAUUUUUUAAUGUGGUAAGCACCCAAAGAAAUGUUAACUUAAAAAAAGUGGAAGUGAAGUUUUCUGUCAUUGUUCUCAAUUGUGAUCAUUAAAAAAAAAAUUAACGUCAUUAUUCAAGUAUACUAUAGUCUCGUAAUGAUGGUAGCCUACCUAUUUGCAGUUGCAGUGCCUUCUUGUUUGUUUGCUUUCAGGACAUCUACUUUUCCUCUUCCAAAAAAACCAAACUCUUUGCUGUCGAGUCGAUUCUGACUUAAAGCUACCCUGUAGGAUAGAGUAAAACUGCCCCUUAAGGUUUCCAGGGAGCUGCUGGUGGAUUCGAACUGCUGACCUUUUGGUUAGCAGCCUAAGCUCUUAAGCACUGUGCCACCAGGGCUCCUUUUUCCUCUUACUCUUCUAAAAGUACCACAUGGUAUAUACUUACUAAACAUAAAUUAAAAUUAAUCAGACUUUAAGAAUUUUACAAUAUCUCUUUAUGAUUGGGGGCCUUGCAGAACUAGAAGAGAGAUUGUUAUGGAUGUGAAUUGUGUCCCCCAAAAAUGUGUGUCAACUUGGCUAGGCAGUGAUUCCCAGUAUUGUAUGAUUUGUCUACCAUUUUGUCAUCUGAUGUAAUUUUCCUAUGUGUUUCUUCUAUGAUGUUAAUGAGACAGGACUAGAGGCUGUUAUGUUAAUGAGGCAGGACACAAUCUACAAGGUUAGAUUUUGUCUUAAGUCAGUCUCUUUCGAGAUAUAAAAAAGAGAAGUGAGCAGAGACAUGGGGGCCUCAUACCACCAAGAAAUAAGAGCCAGGAGAAUAGCACAGCCUUUGGACCUGGAGUUCCCUGCAUUGAGAAGCCCCUCGACUGGGGAAGAUUGAUGACAAGGACUUUCCCCCAGAACCAACAGAGAGAAAGCCUUCUCCUAGAGGUGGCACCCUAAUUUCGGACUUCCAGCCUCCUAAACUGUGAGAAGAGAAAUUUCUCUUUGUUAAAGCUAUCCGCUUGUAUUUCUGUUGUAGCAGCACUAGAUGACUAAGACAGAAAUCAGUCCUGACUUAAACAGGUAGCACAGGACUGUGAUUCCUGGGAGAAGGGAAAAAAGAAGGUAAAACGGUGACUUUCUGCCUAGAUGCAUAUUCUGGAUACAUAUUCUGAACAGUGGAGUAAGGUGGGAAUCCCAAGCAGAGCAGUAUGGUUUUGCUGAGUUGAAGAGAAAGAAACUGUAGUUCAAAGGAAGGUGAGGCACCUGGAAACGGUGAGACAAAGUUCUGGAGAGCAGGGAGCUAUACAAAAAAUUGCUCUAGAAAUCUGCACAGGGUUCCCUUGAGUCUUUGCUAAACAUACCCACACAUACCUAGGGUCAAACCCCAACAGGAGGUUAAGGGAAGAGUGACCAGGAAACUGUGAGCUAAACCAAUUCGUAGAGGAGAGAGGUGUUUGAGUGGAGAGCCCACGGUGAUCGCUGUGGACAUUCAGUAGAAAUCUUAGAAGGGCCACACCUUAGUACUGGGGCUAAAAUAUCCCUUGAAUAAAGGCUACUCUAGACCUGCCCUAACAAAGCUUAAAAACAAGCAUCAGAAGCACUAAACUAAACCACAGCUAGCUUAACUGCCUUCCAAAACAAAGCCCAAAGCCAAAAAACAAACCAAACCCAUUGCUGUCGGGUCAAUUCAGCCUCAUAGUGACCCUGUAGGACAGAGUAGAACUGCCCAUAGGGUUUCCAAGAAACAGCUGGUGGAUUCAAACUACCGACCUUUUGGUUAGUAGCUGUAGCUCUUAACCAUGGCACCACCAGGGCUCCAAACAAAGCUCAGUACUCUUGAAAGGAAGACAGUAGACACUCAGCAAUGUAAAAUUCAUAAUGGUCCAGCAUCCAGUCAAAUUUACUAGAUGUGCCAAGAAGCAGGAAAAUGUGACCCAUAACUAAGAGAAAAAUCAGUCACUAGAAACAGACUCAGAUGACAGAGACGAUGGAACUAGAAGACAAGGAUAUUAAAGCAGCUGUUACAAAUACGUUCCAAGUAUAUAAAGGAAAACAUGAACAUACUAGUUGAGGAAAUAUUUUAGCCUUGCAAAUAGUGGAAUGUGGUCCCAGUCUCUUUUAUUUUCAUUAUAUUUGUUCUUCCGAGAAUGUUGGUUUGGUAAAAUUUGAAUAUUCUCUUGUAAGCCUGAGUUAUGUAACAUUUUAGGGUUGAAGAGAAUGUUUAGAGAUCAUCUUGUCCAACCACCUUAUGUUAUAGAAAGAGGAGUAUCCUGUUUCACUGAUCCUGGGUGUACUUUUUUCUCAUUGCCCUGGUGGUGCAAUGGUUACAACAUCUUUUAAAUCGUGAUACAUCUUAAAAUCAGUGGCAUAUUAAGACUUGAUGAAAUAUGGUAGAGGCCCAUUGGAAUUCUGACUUUUCCAUAAAUACUUAGUGGUACAAUUCAAGACAUAUUAACCCCCACUUAGAAAGCCUUCCCUUCUUUGUUCUUUAUGUCCAAAUUCCACCCAGCUUAGAUCUCUCUUCCAGGAAGCCUAUUCAGUCCCUUCAAUUCAGUGACCUUUUCAUUCUUUUUAUUGUUAUCGUUGACUGCACUGUUCAUUUGAUAAUUAAUCAUGUUUUAUCUUGUGGCAUCUCUUGUAUUUUAUAUUGAACUUAUAUUUAUUUGCUAUAUUGUUGCCUAACUAUGGUUUUAUCUGUCUCCUCAAUUAAAUUUUAAGCUCUUGGAAUCAAGGGAGGAAUUGAUACUUGUGUCUUCUAGUGUCUACUUGAUAAAUAUCCAUGGAAUGAUUGAUAAGCGUAUUAUAAUUACUAGUUAAUAAAGUUAAAUAAAACUAACAUUAAUAUAACCUGAAACUUUUUUGGAGACAGUAUCAUGUAAUGGUUAAGAGAAAGAACCACAUAUAGGACACAAGAGACUAUGUGGGCAGCUCCUGUCUGGAGGGGAGAUGAGAAGGCAGAGGGGGACAGAGGCUGGCUGAAUGGACACAGGGAAUACAGGGUGGAGAGGAGGAGUGUGCUAUCUCAUUAGCGGGAGAGCAACUAGGAAUACAUAGCAAGGUGUAUACAAAUUUUUAUAUGACAGACUGACUUGAUUUGUAAACUUUCACUUAAAGCACAGUUUAAAAAAGAGAGAACCACGUAUAAAACAUUUGUAAUAGUGUCUGGCGCAUAGUUAAGUGCAAGGUAGAUGCUGGCUGUUACUCCUGCUGCCACCACCACCACUGGAACUACUACUACUACGAUUUUAAUAAUUUCUUCUGUGCCAGGCACUGUGCUAAGCAUAUGAUAAUGCAUUAUUUAAUUUUUCUUCACAACCUUAUGAACUAGGAUUAUUAUACUAAUUUGACAGGGGAAGAUGCAGAGGAGGAGGUGAGUCUGCUUGCCGGAGUCUCCAAAGCCAUAAAGUGGCAGUACUGUGUUGAAACUCACACCUCUGUCUCUUUAAACCCAUACUCUUGCUGUUCUACCCCACAGUCUAUUCAAUUUUGGAGGCUUUGACGACUGCCUAGUAAACUGAGGGUAGAAAGAAGGGAAUAGGUACUUAUUUUCCCUUCUGCUCAAGAACUUUUCCUUAAAAUCCCGUGUCUUGAGUGGUGAAUAGACCUUGUGAGAGGAAGUAGAUGUACAGCUGCCCUUUGCUGCUGACUCGUAGUCAGUUUCUGGCAGCUUGGCUGUAAGUGACAGAUGAGUGUGUGACACUUUUUCAGGAAUGAAUUCUUGUUACAACUGGCAGAAUAGAAUAGUUGAUGUGGGAUUGCAUGGCAGUUGGCUUCAUAAAUCCACUCCCUGUUGCUUAGUUGUAGCUGUGAUUGCUAGGUUUCUCUCCUCACUUAAGUCCGUGUAUUAACAGUCACAUCUCAGGACUGCUGCUUCUGCCUGCUCCAUGACCACAUGGUGUGUUUGUAUAUUGCCCUGAACUGUCAGCAAAACAUUUUGCUGAAUUUCCUUUUUUGUUGUUGCUCUGCAACCUUCUUUUUCCUGGUCUUUCUCAGUUGUGUAAAUUUGGUUUCUUCUUUCACUUUUCUAUCCCAGAGAACCUUUUGGCCUUUCCAUCCCAACCACUGCAGAGAGAAGCUUGAAAUAUGAAGUGAAGGCAUCGUAGAGAUUAAAAUGAAUAGUCAGACAGCUGGCUGGAUGAAAUGAGACUUAUUCAGUGCCUGAUGGGUGAUUUGGCUCUAAUUAUCUGCUUUCCAAACCUGCCACUGUACCUAAUCCACCAGUGGGUGCUCUAGUGCCUUGUUUGUAGGAAGCUUAACUCUAAUGCAGUAACUCACUGGUAUUUGUACAAGUCAGGAGAGAAAGGUUACAGCCAAGGCCUAUCCCCUCCAUCAGUGAGUAGGGUAGUAAAGUAGGAUUAGAUACCCUUCCAUUAAGACCAGCUGUGUAUUCCCUCAUGGUAUUGGUCUUUUGGCUCUCCAUUUGUCUGGGAGUCUAGAAGGCACAUGCUCUGUUUGGACUUCCUCCCACGGACCAAGAAUCAGGCCCAGGUACUUGGAGAGGGGGGAUGCAUUUUACAUCUAUCCUCUUAUCUCUCAAAUUUUUGGUCACUACCAACGGGAGAUCACUGUCUUCUGUCAUUGGCUGUAAAUAGGAGGAGGAAGUGUUUGACAGUGGAAGAGUACUUUAUUAGGGCAUGUGUGAGUUAUUGACAUAUUUCUAGUAAUUUUGUGAGCUGGUUUGUUGUUUUUUGUUUUGUGUGUGGGUGUUUGUUUUUCAGAGCAGCUUGGUGGUUGUUUUCAUGUUAAACUGGGUGAAUUUAACAUUCAAUUGAUGACAAUGACAUCUUUGAAAAAUUUUUUUUUUGAAAGAGAUCUGGUAUUUAACUUGAGUACCCACAAAUGUUAGGGGUGAGAUUUCUCCAUUUAGAGUAAAAUAAUGCUCCUAAAUUUAUAUUUAUCCACUUAGUAAAAGUAAGCUCAUUUCGAUGGAUAGUUUGAAGUAUUUCAAACCAUACUUUUGGUUUGGUUGUUGCUAGAAGUUGGUGUUAGAUUAGGAAAGUUAAAAUCGAUGUCUGUCUGUGACUGAAAGUCAUUAGUGGCAACGUUGUAGGUCUUGUGUAAUUUAAGUGAAUCUGUGAGAGGGAACUUAGGCCAAGAUAGAGAUAUAAGAAAUAUUUUAUGUGAAUAAAUCUUUUCUUAGGAGCUCAGAAUGCUUUGCAAACAAAAUCUCAGUUUCUAUAGCAUCUUUCAAGCAUAUUUUAGUGUACUAAAGGAAUGAAUUGAAAAUUUUUUCCCAAUUGCCAGUCAUCAUUAGAUUAAAACCUAGAAUCCAGGUUUCUGACUCACGGUAUAAAUGUAUUUUCUUUUGGACAACCAGAUCGAUUCUACUAAAAGGAGGGCCUGAUUUUGGCCAGUUAAAAGGCAGUUUUCUAUGGAAAAGUUGAUACUAGAAGAAACCAAUUUUGAAGGUAAAAGUGAUUCCCCAAUUUUAGCUUUGAAAGCAAAGCUAUGAUUAGAGAUUGCAAGUGAUAAAGGUAAGAAUAAAAGGUGGUAUUGCCCCCAAAAGACAAUAGGAAGUUAUGGAAUUACCAGAUGUGAAUGGUCCUUGAUAGAUGUACAGUAUGCUUAAGGAGUAAGACACUAGAGUUUAGAAGUCCUGUUUCCUGGGCUACUGUCCCAUGGCGAUUCAAGAUGGGAAGGAGCCUUACAUUUAUGGAAUGUAGGUCCAGAACUGACGUCAUUCCUUUGUGGAAUUGGAAAUUUCUCCUGGUUUUAGAUAAGAGUAAGCUCUUUUUUUGGUUUUCCCAGUCAGAUAUUUUCUCUUUCCACCCCAGGAGUUCCACUUCUGUCUUGCCAGCUCUUUUGGACAUUACUCCAGUAACCUAAACUGAUUUGUCAGUAAUUCCUGGUGUUUGAAGAGAGUCUGGUUAUAUUUGUAGGUUUAGCUCCACCCUGUAUUUCAACAGGAAGUGGGUGGGUGCUUAAGUCUGUAAUGAACCAUUCCUCCUGGUGGUUGCUACAUGGUAGUGAAGACUGCUGUAUGCAACAGUAAAUUCAUACUUCUUUUAACAUUUUAGUAGACAUUACUAUAGUAUGAAGAGAGCCUGUGUGUCUUAUAUUUUUAAGUCAAAUGCUUAUUUGACUUUUCAGUUGAAAUUCCUGAAUGCCUGUGGAAUGCAUAUUCUUUUUUUUUUUUAUUGUGCUUUAGCUGAAAGUUUACACCUCAAGUUAGUUUCUCAUGUAAAAAUUUAUGCACAUAUUGUUAUGUGACCCUAGUUGCAAUCCCUGUACUAUGACAGCACUCCCCGCUUUCCAUCCCAGGUUUCCCCAUGUCCAUUCAACCAGUUCCUAUCCUUUUCUGCCUUCUCCUCCUGCAUCCAGACAGGAGCUGCCCAUUUAGUCUUGUGUAUCUACUUGAUCUAAGAAGCACACUCUUCAUGAGUAUCAUUUUAUGUUUUAUAGUCCAGCCUAAUCUUUGUCUAAAGAGUUGGCUUUGGGAAUGGCUUUAGUUCUGGGUUAACAGAGAGUACAGGGACCAUAUAUUUGAGGGUUCCUCUAGUCUCAGUCAAACUGUUAAGUUUGGUCUUCUUGCAUGAAUUUGAGUUCUGCACCACACUUUUCUCCUGCUCAGUCAGGGACUCUGUUGUGUUCCCUGUCACGGCAGUCAUUGGUGGUAGCCAGGCACCAUCUAAUUCUUCUGGUCUCAGGUUGAUGGGAGUGUCUGGUUUAUGUGGCCCUUUUGUCUCUUGUUGUUGUUAUUAGGUGCCGUCGAGUCGGUUCAGACUCAUAGCCGCCCUGUGUACCACAGAACAAAACACUGCCCAGUCCUGCGCCAUCCUUACAAUCAUUGUUAUGCUUGAGCCCAUUGUGGCAGCCACUGUGUCAGUCCAUCUCGUUGAGGGUCUUCCUCUUUUCCGCUGACCCUAUACUUGUUUGCAGCUGUUUUUCUUAUUUCAAGUCAUACCACAUCAGCAAAUGAAGGUCCUGAAAGCUUUACUCCAUCCACGUCAUUAAGGUUGACUCUAUUUUGAGGAGGCAGCUCUCAGUUGUCUUUUGAGUGCCUUCCAACUUGGGGGGCUCAUCUUCCGGCACUAUAUCAGACAAUGUUUCGCUGCUGUUCAUAUGGUUUUCACUGGCUGAUUCUUUUCAGAAGUAGACUGCUGGGUCCUUCUUCCUAGUCUGUCUUAGCCUGGAAGCUCAGCUGAAACCUGUCCUCCAUGGGUGACCCUGCUGGUAUCUGAAUACUAGUGACAUAGCUUCUAGCAUCACAGUAACAUGCAAGCCCCCACAGUACGACAAACUGACAGACAUGUAGGGGUUUGUCUCUUGGGAUAAUAUUUUCCUUUUGUCUUUGGUGUUCUUCAUUCUCCUUUACUCCAGGUGGAUUGGGACCGGUUGAUGCAUCUUAGAUGGCUGCUUGCAAGCUCUUAAGACCCCAGACAACCACUCACGAAAGUGGGAGGAAUGCAUAUUCUUUAACACAAAGAAACCUAUCUCUUGAAAUCGGAAACUGGUCUACAAGUAAACCUGUUUUCAUAUGCACCCAUCCAAAGUGCUGUUCACAGUAGAAGAGUGGGAAAUGCUGAAGUGAAAGCAGAAGUCCUAAUUGCUGCACACACAACAUCCCCACAUGUUCUCAUCCCCUGCUACUGCUGAUCAGCAUUUGGGGAGUAUGUUUCAAAGAGGAACUGCCUUGAGAACCAUUUCUGUUGUGGUUAUUGCUGUAGCUUAGAUAUACUUGCUUUUUGGGUGUGACCAUAGAAUUCGCAAGUAUCAGUGACUUUGGCUCUAAAUGAAGCAUUGUUUAUUUAUUAAACAACUAAUAAUAAACAUCAUUGCAAGAAUGAACAGUCAUCUUUCUUUUGUCUGAUAAUAGGAAUUCAGAGUGUGGGGUACAGAUAGCUGAGUGCUGUUUCCCUCUCUCUCACAAGCAGUCUUUUCUUAUUAUCUUCUUCUACCCUAUAAUCCCCCAGCCACACCCCCACCCCAGGCUGUUGGGAUCGAGUUAUGAGAGUUCCGAGAGUGGAGUGGAUGUCAAAGUGCCCUUUUGACUUAACCCGUUGCCUUUGAGUCGACUCCAACUCAUAGUGACCCUAUAGGACAUAGUAGAACUGCCUUACAGACUUUCUAAGGAGUGCCUGGUGGAUUCCAGCUGCCGUAGCUCUUAACCACUACGCCACCAGGGUUUCCCCUUUUGACGUAACACUGACCAAAGACUUCAAGCUUUGGUAGAGUCAUUUACCCAAUGAUUCUGCAGUGUGAUGUAAAUAUUCCAUGAUAAACUUCAAAUAUAAGACUUGUAGAAUCAGAAUCUCAGUGUUUCAGGGGACCUGAAAGAGCACCUCAUCCAGUCCCAUUUCAAAGCAUGGAUCCCAUCAUGGCACUGACAGUCCAGACUGGUCAAUAUACUGCCAAGCCAUGGCUAGGAAGUGAUAUCUUAAGACCUAUAUUUGUUCUCAUGCUCAUUCUUAAGCCCCUUGUGUUGAAAAUAGCUAGGGGUGAAGAUGGUCAUUAUUGUUUGGUACGGCCUGAAUGUCUGAAGCAGGCCCCAAAAGCUAGUUUUUCCUUUGGACUUCUUUGGAUAGCCAACUCCCAGCUCAAUCUGAGAACCUCCCAGAGUAUAAAUAACUUAAUCUCCUGGGCCUAUCUGGAAUAUCCUUUGGGCUAUUCUGAAUUCCAUAGUUCCUGGGAAUCAGGUGAAUGUAGGCCUGGAGAAGGGGCUUGAUUCAUAGUUAUGAUCCACCCCUUGCUACAGUCACUAGACCUGUUGUAUUCAAAUGCAAAUGGAUGUUAGCCAAGUGAGGAGGUGUAGCUUAGAUAUAUAAGCAAAUCCAGGAAUUUUAGAGCUGGGAUGCUUCUUAAAGAUCUUCAAGUUUAGUCUCUUGAUUUGGAGAGUGAGGAAACUGAUGCCCAGAGUAAGAAUUAUACCUUUUUAUCAUCUACGAAUUUCUCCCCCAACAUGCCCUAUAGCUGGUCAUCCAGAGGAUGGGGCUGGGGCACUCAUAACCUCUAAAGAGAACCUAUUCUAAUGUAGGACAGUUCUAAUUAAAAUGAAUUAACUAAAUUGAAAUCUACUUCCCUGAACUUUUAUCUUCUUAGUGGUUCUGAUUUAAAUCCUCUCCUAUGUAACAUCCCCCAAGGUAGACUUUCUCAAAUCCCCAAAUAAGCAAAUACCACUAAAGCAUAAAAUUUCCCUAACCAAAGUAAAGUAUGACUGAAAAAGACCUUUAUUGAUUCUAUAAAGACAGGGCAUUCCACACAUUCAUGUAUCCAGAACUUCUUUUUCUUGCUAAGAACUGCAAUUUUCUUAGUAUACUCUGCUUUUCAUUUCUGUCAUUGGCACUAGCAUUUAGCUCUUUUCAUGCUGCUUUUUAUAAAGAAACAUACAUUUUAUCAUUUUUUAAGCAUAAUUGUAUAAAACUAUAAGGAAACAGCAGCAGAUGGGGCUGAAGGACUGGACUUGCCUGCAACCAUAUCUCUGGUUUCUCAGUUCACAUUUGCUAGCUCUGAUGGGCCUCUCCAUUUCCACUGUCUCAGCCCGUGAAGAACUUCCCAAUUGGACCAAACUUCUACCCAAAUAUAACUUCUGUGCUUCUGUUAGAAAGACCUGUCCAGAAUGCAAAUUGGCCCAUGUCACUUCCUCGCUCCAUUCAGUUGUUCCCCAGCCCCAGUGCUGCACACAUUUUCCACUAAAGUGCUACCUAUUACAGAGGAGCCUCUCCCAACUGCAGUUCCUUGAGAGAAUUAACAUCCUAAUGCCCUUAGGCAUCCAUUGUCUGUAAUGGAUUAACUUAUCUCCUGUGCAUCUAGAAUGGUGCUAGUUGUGUAUAGUCUUGAAGAGAAUUGAGAAAAUAAUCACUCUAAUCAUUUGUUCUCUGGUUCAGAUGAGCAAUCAGGUUUGAAAGAAUGGAAAAGAGAGACCUCCUUCAGGAGGUCCAGGAGUAUAGAUGGGAGCAGCCUCCAGAAACCACCAAAUUUCACUGAAGCCUAGGGUUUCAUCUUUAAGUUUUUUAUGUCAGUAUUGUAUUCUACUAAUACGUCCAUGAUUAAAAGUGUUUUAAAUAUUUAUCAACGAUUAAAACUGGUUCUACAGGAAGAUUUGCCUAGUCUAUAGAAGUGCAAAUAACUACCUUUAUUUUGUAAGCCCUAUCGUGGGCAUUUUAUACAUGUUAUAUUAUUUAAUAUUUCUAGGGACUUUGCCCAAGAUCACACAGCUAGUUGUGAGUCAGGGUUCUAACCCAAGUGUGUCUCAACUCCAAAGCCCACGUGUUUUCUCUAACUUGAAGUUGAAGUGAGAAAUUCCAGAGCCUGAAAGUCUUUGUUGCCCAGUUCUGAGUUUAUCUUUUCUGUCUAGAACAUCGUAGAAUAUAGGAUUUUUUUUUUCUUGGUCAAGUUACUGUUGUGUUUCAGUUCAUGCGUAAUUCAGACUACUUAUGCAGGAUACAACGCACCCUUGAUCAUCUAAAAAGAAAAAUGAGCAGUGAUGCAGGUAUUUCCAUAUAACAGGGAAUCUUCUCUCUUUGGUGCCUUUAAAACAAAUUAGAUCACAUUUUUAUAGUAGAUUUACUUUUAUAAUUGUUUUAGAAGUUGAUGAAUAUUGACAUAUUGUCAUUUCUUGAGCCCUUUCCAUCUGGUUAUAGGAGCUGGCUUUUUUGGCAAGAGGAAGCCAUUUUCGUUGUGAAAACUUGGUACAGAGUUUACUCCGUUUGUGUCUGCUUACCUAAGGCACGUGGGAAAGUGUGAAUGCUAACAUACCAAGAUGUUAGAAAUUGCCACUCCCCGCCCACCCAGAUUUGACAUUUACCUAACCAUCUUGAAUCCAGUUUCCAUUAGAUGUCCAGAGAAAAGUCUGUAGUGCUCUGGCAGUGGUCAAAUCCAACCCAGAAUUUCAAGGUGCUCUGGUUCCUUUAGUUCCCCUGAGAAGCUAGAACAACUGCUCAAAUGAUUGCUAAUGAAGCCUGUCACAGCUAUUUUUGGUCAAAGCUGACUCCACCCCUGAGUUUCUGGUUCUUCCAGAAAACCUGGUAUUUGAAACUCUAGGGCAUCCAGAGGAUGAUGUAUGGAGGGAGCUCUGUGAGGUUCUUUUAUUUUGUAGUUUCCUUUCCUGUUCUAAACUUCCUUUUCACCAUGUAUUACGUCUUAGUGCGUGAUAGCCUUUACGUUAUGUAAAAAAAGGGAAAGAGUUAAACUGGAAGGGAAAGUCCAGAAUUUGGGUUAGAAAACCUGUUGAGUCAAAGGGGAACUUAGCAGAGGAGCGGAAUGGAAAUUAUUUCCUUAGACAGUAGACAAAUAUUCAGGAAACACCUCUGCACCCCAAAGAUAGGCACAGCUGCCACACAGUGACUAUUAAAGGGAGGUUCAAAGUUAUGAGCAAACAGCUGAUUCUCUUGGUUCUUAGGCUGUUGCUGUUGGUGACAGGAAAUCUUGUUCCCCAAGCUGCUGGCUUCCUGUUUUAUUUUUACUCUUAGCAGGUCAGAAUGUCCAUAACAAGGAGCGGUCUGUUCCAAAGGGUUCUGCUCCCCUUUUGAGCCUGGAAGGUUUUUUCCCCCCUCUUAGUCAGACAAUAUGUUGUUCAGCUUUUAAAAUCUGUGAUGUUUAGCUUGUUUUAAGCAUUUUGUAUUCACAAUCAACUUUUUUGGUGAUGAGCUGGUGUUUUAAGAUUCGAUGUAAGUAAACCUCUGUUCUGCCUUUUUUGGAGGAGCUUGCAGUAUUGGGUUGUUUUUCAUCAUUCAGAACAUUGCCUGAAGCAGGUCCACCAUGCCGUUAGUAACGAGGAACAUCGAGCCAAGGCACCUGUGCCGUCAGACGUUGCCUAGCGUUAGAAGCGAGCUGGAAUGCAUGACCAACAUCACCCUGGCAAAUGUCAUCCGACAGCUGGGCAGCCUGAGUAAAUAUGCAGAGGACAUUUUUGGAGAGCUCUUUACUCAGGCAAAUACCUUUGCCUCUCGGGUAAGCUCCCUUGCUGAGAGGGUCGACCGCCUACAAGUUAAAGUCACUCAGCUGGAUCCCAAAGAAGAAGAAGUGUCACUACAAGGAAUCAACACCCGAAAGGCCUUCAGAAGCUCUACCAUUCAAGACCAGAAGCUUUUUGACAGAAACUCUCUCCCAGUGCCUGUCUUGGAAACAUACAACACCUGCGACACUCCUCCACCUCUCAACAAUCUUUCCCCUUACAGGGACGAUGGGAAGGAGGCACUCAAAUUCUACACAGACCCUUCGUACUUCUUUGAUCUUUGGAAGGAGAAGAUGCUGCAGGACACCAAGGAUAUCAUGAAAGAGAAGAGAAAGCAUAGGAAAGAGAAGAAAGAGAAUCCAAAUCGAGGGAAUGUGAACCCACGGAAAAUCAAGACACGUAAAGAAGAGUGGGAGAAAAUGAAGAUGGGACAAGAAUUUGUGGAGUCCAAAGAAAAACUGGGGCCUUCUGGGUAUCCACCCAACUUGGUGUACCAGAAUGGCAGCAUUGGCUCUGUUGAAAACAUGGACGCAGGCAGCUAUCCACCACCACCACCACAGUCAGAUUCCACUUCUCCACCUUCUCCUUCCUUCUCUGAGGACAACUUGCCUCCCCCACCAGCCGAGUUCAGCUACUCGGCAGACAACCAAAGAGGGCCUGGCUUGGCUGGACCCAAAAGAUCCAGUGUGGUCAGUCCGAGCCAUCCACCACCAGCUCCUCCCAUGGGCUCUCCACCAGGUCCCAAACCUGGGUUUGCCCCACCACCUGCCCCUCCACCUCCGCCUCCAAUGAUUGGUGCCCCACCCCCACCCCCACCUGUAGGAUUUGGGACUCCAGGGACCCCACCACCACCUUCACCCCCAUCUUUUCCACCUCACCCCGAUUUUGCUGCCCCUCCACCUCCUCCCCCACCUCCAGCAGUUGACUACCCAACUUUACCACCCCCUCCCUUGUCCCAGCCAGCAGGAGGAGCACCUCCCCCUCCACCACCUCCCCCUCCUCCUGGACCCCCUCCUCCCCCUUUCAGUGGUGCAGAUGGCCAGCCUGCCAUGCCACCACCACUUUCUGAUGCCCCCAAACCCAAGUCUUCCUUGCCUCCUGUGAGCGAUGCCCGCAGCGACCUGCUUUCAGCCAUCCGUCAAGGCUUUCAGCUGCGCAGGGUUGAGGAGCAGCAGGAGCAAGAGAAGCGGGAUGUUGUGGGCAACGACGUGGCUACCAUCUUGUCACGUCGCAUUGCUGUUGAGUACAGCGACUCAGAGGAUGACUCCUCUGAGUUUGAUGAGGACGACUGGUCAGAUUAACUCUUCCUGCCUGCUGCCCACCUUUUUUUUCUUUCCUUCCUACCUGCCUUCUUUGAUGUCUACUGCAACAAUACCAUGGAAGAAAAAAGGGAGAAACAAAGAAUUUCAAGGGGCCAAAGCCUUCCCUGAAGCAACCAAAGAUAUAUCCAAGGGCUUCUUCCAAAUCAGCAUGUAUUUCCCCUCCACCCACAGUCAAGCCCCAUAGGGCUCCUGAGAUUGAGUAGCUAAAAUGUUUCCUCCACCCUUCAACUGCCUGUUGCAUGUUGAAGGGAGGGAAAAAAUCCCAAAGCAGAUCCCUUUGAUUGGGUUGAAAUUGGAGAUGGUGUCUUCUCAUAGGAGCCAUUUCCAAACUGGUCUUCUUCCAGUCCUUGCCCUCAGCUGCUUUGAAUAAUGCCAGCCAUCUUCUGUCCUAAAGCAGUGAGAGUGGCCUGCAUGGACGCAGCUGGCCCCUUCCUGUGCACUGAGAGGGCAGAGCAGGCAGCAUGCCCCAGCAGCCAGACUGCCGUGCCCUUCUGCCACACCCUUCUGCCCUGAUCUUCUGGGUGUGGCUGCCUUUCACUAAGCCAUCUCUAUGCCUGGGAUGCCCUCUAUUCCAGGAGGUUUCAAGUCCCUAAAGAAUGUCUCACGCCCCUCGCCCAGAAAUGAUGCCUUUCUGAAGACUUGAGAUUGUUCAGUGCCUCCUUUCCAGCUUCCCUCUUGGUGAAUGUGGUGUUCGGGUAUCCCUUAAGUGCCCCUUCCUCGCCCCCAGGUGCCUGUGGGUACCACAGCCGAGUUAGCUUUAGCCCAGUCCUAACCUCUUAAUACCCAUGACCAAACAAGUCCUGACACACAGGGAUCUGGGCCUCUGCUGGCUGUCAGGAGCAAAGCUGAGAGAUUUGGAACUGCAGGACUGGAAGGACGGUGGAAGUCCUCAGGUCCCUCCCUCUUGAGGACCCUGAGGCCUAGAGACGGAAAGUGACUUGCUCAAGGUCACACCGUUGGACGGUGACAGAGCUAGAGCCCAGAAUUCCUCAUUCCAAGUUACUUGUGCUUUCUGGGACCAAAUACUGGGUACCUGCUGGAGGCUGGGCAGAGCCUUCUUGGCUUGUUGUUACUCCAGACCUCGCCAUAGGUGGGGGUCCCAGCAGGAGGGCUCAGGGCCUGUGCCAGCCCUGUCAUUGCUGCUCAAACCCUAAGGGUCUCUCCUGUAAUUCUUUGCUGCUCCCCUCCCCCACAUCACUAGCCAACCACAUGGCCUUGGGAGCUGCCUUUCUGGGGACCAGAGGUAGUGAGAGAAGGAAGAGGGUAGGCAGCUUUGACAGGUGCUGUUUUCAAUUCCUCUGCAACUCGUCCCUCUUUUAUUUCCCCAAUUUACGCAUAGGUUCCGCCAACUGUAGAAACUUCAGUCCCUCAAGGUGGCAGCCGCUGUAGGUACCUGCCUGGGGGGGCCUGGCAGCCAUGAGGAGGGCUGAAAGGCAGAAGGACUCUGGGCCUUGUUUCCAGCUGCCCCCCUCACCACACAUGGUGAUGUCCCUUCUCCCUCCUCCCCCUGUUUCUCAGAGCUAAUACACAGGUGCUAUUAUUUGGAAAAAACUGGUCAGCUCUGGCCAACAUUGAGGUUUCUUCUCUUCUGUCCUAACUAUUGUGUAGCCUCUUAGCUGAAAUCGGCUUCUACUGGCUUCUCUGGCUUUCAGAGCCCUGAAACAAAGAGAAACAGGAUCUGUCUCGACCCAGCACAGCAAAUGGUUGUAGUAAUUGCCAAAGCCCUCGCAAAACCCUCCGGCUUGAGAAGUGUGUGUAUAAUCAUGGGUACUGCUGCUGUGCCCUGCUGAAUGCUUCCCCUCUGCCUUUGUUCCUUGAACUUGGGGUGUGGGGACUGAGCCUGUAGGUGCCAGCUUGCCCUCCUGCUGUGGCUCUCCAGAGUGUGCCCCCCUUCCACUCCUCAGAUCGGGUCUCUGGCACACCACAGGCACCAGGCUCCAUUGCAGAGCAAACCAGCUCUGUGUGCCCCCACUUUGCUUCCCACCCUGCACUUUGGAAGCUGAAGGUACUCUCACCAGAACCCUAAAAUGGCCGCUGAAGGUGCCCCUGGCUGCAGCCCAAGAGUGACUAGAGAGACAGGCAGGGCAGUGGUUCUCCCAAAUAGGAGCCCUGGGGCCUGGCCAGGCCAGGGUUUUGGCCUGAUGGCUUUGACUAAAUUACCCCAUCUCCUCCUUUCCGGAAAGGGGGGAGCCAGCGCCACUUUCUGUCCUUCUGCUCUGACCUUGAAGGGGCGGUGUUGGCCUGGCUUCUGGAAUGGACAGAGUCCACGGUGGAAAGGGCUGGGGGCAGGAGGAGGUGGGGAGGGGCACUGCCUGCGGAAGGUAGGAUUAGAUCAUUAGCUCAGUGACCUCCUAGGGUUUCGAUGUGCUGUGUUCUCAUCCUACAGCUGGUUUAGUAAUGAUCUGCAAGUCCCGGAGAGCAACAGCACAGCUCUGCCUGAUGCUCUCAUUAAAAUCUAUGCAGCCAAGCUCGGCGCUUUGUAGCAGGCGGCAUUGCGAAGCCGCCUCAGCUCGGGGGCUGGGGACCCAGUCAGCCGAGAGGCCCUCUGGGCUCUAUUUAUGCAUAUGUGCACCAAAAAAAAAAAAAAAUUCUUUAAACCCUUUAAGAUGAGAAA